CAGUCGUCGAAAAUCUCUUAAGCAGAGUCGCGGUACGCGAUCAUACGCUGCAAGCACGUUUGAGGCGCGAAAUUAAAAUAAAAAAUUUCAUUUCGUUUUCUUCAAUCCAUUCGGUCAAAUUUUCAAAACUACGCCUCCAACGUAGACGAAAUAAUCCAAAGGAUAAAAAUAAAGACUCCCUUAAAAAUUACUGCAAUAUAUUCGCGACGUUAAGGAAACAAUAGGGGUGCAAUCCCUUAUGUCACUUCGAAAUUGUAGUUUCACCUGUUCAUAAACAUAGUUCAGAGAAAAAUUUCGCGUGCUUCGUAGUACAAGUGAAAAAAUAACUGGAACGAAAUAAUAUAUUUGUGUAAAAAUAAUGGAUGUGCAGAUAAGAUUUCGACCGUUUUCGUUACAAUGAGAUAAACAAUAUUGUUCACUCAGCCAAGUAGGGAAAAAACUUUUCAAUUGAAUUGCAGUAAUAUAAUAAAUAGAAGCGAAUCGCGUGGCUAUACAACGUCGGAAGCUGUAAGGGUUGACGAGAUGAGAUGAAAAUUUCUGCAUAAAAUGAUCUCGUUAAAUUAAAUAUCCAUUGUAUCGUCUCCGAAUGACAUUACCGAUCCCAAGGGUAGUCGGAAUUUCGGUCGCCAGUUUGAACUGAAAUUGGGAUUGGUUGAAAUAAUAUUCCAGUGAAUGAAUGACGCAGUAGCGUAAGGGUGAGAAGGGUGUUGCGGGGUGAAAGGAAGAUUCCAUAGGGGUCGUGGUGUUCCAUCCGGAUCGAUGCAUAGUGCAGUGUGAUCGUGGUGUUUGGUUGUCAAGACAACCGCCAAACUUUAUUUAUACCUAUUAACAUCAUCAUCAUCAUCAUCAUGGAAUAAUAGGCGCAACAGUCAACCGCAUCGGGGUUCAAAAAAUUUCUUCUAAUUUAUCCAAACCCGAAAUCGUGGAGCUCUGAAGAGCCUGAAUCGCUUGCACAAGGAGGGUGAAGAGUUCCUACCCCUCGACGAUGACGUCACACCACACCCCACCCUGGCCUUGAUGCGCCGGAUUCUGGCCGACGCACAGGCAAAACUUCGCGUAAUGGUGGAUGAAAACGCUGCGACGGGUGCCCGGCUCGACGGCGAGCUGGAGCGAGCCCGUGGCGAAUGCGCCACACUCAGAGGAGAACUUCAAAAUGUUCGCGGUGCUCUGGUACUGAACAAUGCGAACGCUAAUAACACCAACGCUAAUCUCAACGCCACCAGUCAAGACGGUGAUGCUCAAAUACAGGAGGACCUGAAACGACUCAGCGCCGGAAGCAGUCCCGUCGAUAAGCGAAGCUCGGCGAGCGACAAGUCCGCAAGCCCGAUAGAAAAACGGGCCAGCCCGGUCGACAGACGGACCAGUCCUAUAGAGAGGCACAACAAUGGCUCGCCGUGUCGCAGUCCGAGCGAGAAGAAUCGACGCCCUUGCGCCCCGGCGCUCGAAAAAACGCGGCUUGGCGGAUCGGGUGGAAGCGUAGAUUCGAGAUCUGGAAGCGCGAGUCCCGACAGAGGAUUCUCCAACAGGGGUAGUUUUCUGCACAGAGGCAACAGCGAACGGUCAAGUGUGGAGAGACUUCGUAUAACUACCGGUCGUGUUACCAAGGACGUAAACGAUCUCGACAAAGAUAGAAACGACAUGGGGGACAGCGACGUUAGGGGAGACGACGACGAACCCCCGGGACCUGCACCCAGCAGCCGACCCACCUCUCCGACGGGUUCUCACGGUAUAGUCGGUGAUCCGGUAGUGGCGUCUCGACUAUCGAAUAUCCACGGUGGCGGCGGUGGAGGCGUCGGAGGGGUCGGAGGUCCCGUGGAGGUCGCCAGCGCCAGAAGAUUACGUUUGGAGAACGAGAGGCUGGUCGCCGAAGUGGCGAGAUUGAGGCGACUGCUGUUGAGCGGGGCUGGCAGAGGUGAAGUCGGAGACGAGGAAGUCGCCCUCGGCGAAGAAGGACGCGUCGUCGCUCUGGAAAUUGAACUUCAACUCGCCCGCGAGGCUCUACAAGUCCUUAAAGCGGAUCGCAAACGAUUGAAGGCCGAAAAAUUUGACCUUUUAAACCAGAUGAAAGAUCUUUACGUGACUCUCGAAGACAAGGAAAGAGAACUGCGUGACUUUAUAAGAAAUUACGAACAGCGGAUGCGGGACAGCGAGGCGAGUCUCGGUCGGUUGCAGCAACAGGGAGCCCUCGUCGGCGGGCCUGGAGAUGAACGGGAACGGGAGAGGGAACGGGAGAGGGAACGUUGGAGUCUUUUGAGAGCGGCGAGGGAUGAGGCCGACAGAAGUCUCAGCCUGGCCGCCAGUCUCGCCGACAAAGAAGCCGCCCUGCUGCACGCCCACGCGACCAUACAGGAGCUGAAACGCCAGCUGAUGGAAAGGGGUGGCGGCGGAGGGACGUGCCUCAGCGAUCAGGAAUCCCUCGUAUCGUUUCCUCGAGGAAGCGUUAACGGCGCGGCUACCCCAGGUGCUGGAAGCAGCAGCGGAAGUGGAAUCCCGCACUUGACCUCCCAACAACCUCUGGGUGUCACGGAAUUAGGGGUAGUUUGCGGCGUGGGUGGUGCCGGGGGCGUCGGCGUCGGGACUGGAAGCGGAGGAGGUCAGGCCGGCGAUCGGGGUAGCUGUAGCGCUGACAGCGGGGUGCGAGGAUCGAGCGACCGCGAAAGCGGGGGGGCGACUAGCGUCGGUGGAAAUUUAUCGGACUCCACGACCGACGGGACUCCAACUAUUACUGUUGAAGGGAGUGGUCUCGACAUGGACAACAUCUCCAUUGUGUCUUCGGUUGCACCACCCCACAUGUAUCAAUCAGCUACUACGCCCAAGGACUGUAGCCCGACUUUGUCACCCUUGAACGCUUUCUCAAGGUCGAUGGAUAACUCCUCGCUCUCGAGAUCGGUCGAACAACUUUCCAGUCCCAUGGAAUCCGAACCGAGAAGAAACAAACAACCGCCACCCGUCGUUGUACCCUCCGCACAUUCAAGGUCUUCGGCUACACGCGGAGGAACGUGGGGAUCCAUUUCAAGAGUGUUUGCUCGAUCGCGUCAUCGAAAAGCGACCAAUUCUACUACUGGAAAUGAUGUCUCCGAAGCUUUCGAUCCGUACAGAUCGUGGUCACCGCUCACCGAGGAGGGUUAUGCAGAAAAAUUACGACUCCUCAGGGAGGCUGCCUCAGUACCCAUGGAAAGAUGGAGAGCACCGACCGUACUGGCCUGGCUCGAAGUCGCCCUCGGAAUGCCUCAGUACGGGCCUCGUUGCGCCGAAAACGUGAAAUCCGGCAAAGUCCUUUUGGAACUGAACGACGCGGAGCUGGACGCUGGCUUGGGAGUGACGCAUCCCUUACACCGGAAAAAGUUACGCCUGGCGAUAGAAGAACAUCGCCACCCUAGCCUGGUACGAUACCCUUGCAUAGCUCAGCUAGGCCACACCUGGGUCAGUUCGGAAUGGCUGCCGGAUUUGGGGCUCGCUCAAUACUCGGAGAGUUUCGCCACGAACAUGGUGGACGCCAGAAUGCUGGAUCACCUGAGUAAAAAAGAACUGGAAAAGUUGUUGGGGGUGACGCGAAAGUCACAUCAAGCCAGCAUAGUCCACGGAAUUCACCUGCUGCGUAUGCUGAACUACGAUCGGCAGGCCUUAGCGGUGAGAAGGCACCAGUGCGAACAGGUGGACGCGGAUCCGUUGGUAUGGACGAAUCAGAGAUUUAUCAGGUGGGCGCGAAACAUCGAUUUGACCGAAUACGCCGAGAAUUUGAAAGACUCCGGUGUUCACGGUGCUCUUGUUGUACUCGAACCCUCCUUCACCGGCGAGAUGAUGGCCACUGCUCUAGGAAUUCCACCUGCCAAACACAUGAUCAGACGUCACCUCACCGCCGAACUCGAAGCUCUUGUACUUCCCGCAAGAGGUCAACUGGAGGUCGUCCCCCGUGGCAGCGUCGGGAGCAGACCGGUUAGCACCGUCAGCGCUGGGGGAAGUUUGGGUCGUGGAAACCGAGCCUUUCAUCUUCAGCAUCACCAAAGUUCCCUGUCGGCACUGCACAUGGCGGCCAACCAUAACAGCAACACCGUCGACCGUAGAAGAUCCAGUUUAAGGACCUGCAGCCUUCUUCACUUGAAAAAGUUGUCGUGGAGGAGCUCUCAGGGAUCGCUGAGCAGAGCACUCGGUCUCCGUCCCCGUAGCGAGAAAGCGUCGCCGUCGUCAUCUUCGGACACCGGAAGUCUGGUCAGCCAGUGCCAGUACAUGCAACACGGGAGCAUCGGAAGUCGCGGAGGUUCGCCACCCCCGCCACAAUUACCGCCGAGACCUUCGGCCGGAAAACGACAUCGACGUGUGAAAAGUAUCGGGGAUAUCGAAUACAUAAGUAGCGUAGCGGUCAGCACACCCGUCUGACAGGAGGACAAGGCCCGACACCCAGGGCCAUAUCGAAGCCUCAGCGAACGGGGUCAUUCGCCAUCGCAGUCAUCACAUUAUGGCUCGUAUUCCGGGUACAGUAACGUACUCCAAACAGGCAGCGAGUCGCAAUAUUACGCGUCUCCGAGUAGCCUUUACGGAUAUCCACUGAGGAGCGGUGGUUGCUACUCACCGCAGAGUCCGGAUGGUAAUUUUCCAUCGGGGGUACGCCACUAUGGAAGUUUGGCGGAGGAGGCUUGGCCUUCUGUUGCCAAAGAGCCGGGUAACAUUUCCAAGGUGAAUUCGAAGAUGGAUUACUACUUUGCUUGAAAAUUUAGAGUCGAGUCCCGAAAACUGUCAAGCCUACUUUGAUAUCCCUGUCGGAGAGAAUGCGAGGGGACCGUCUGAUCGGUCGUUCUAUCCUUUUCGAUGAAACGAGCAUUCUUAGGUCAAAGUAUCGAAACUCUAAGGAUCUCAUUGUGUCUGAUAACCCAACGUGUUGUUGAACACUUGAAGUAUCGCAGAUUUUCAUUCGACGGCGGUUGAAAAUUGGAAAAUGAAACGAAAAAAAAAGUGCCAAAAAAGAUGAAAACCGGUGAACCGGUGAUGAAGAUAAUAUCAUGACAUGCUAGUUUCUAUUCCACGGCUAACGAUAUCCUACGUGAUAAAUUCAGUCGUCUGCUAAUUUUUCAGGAUGGAAGAGAUCGUAAGUAGAUGUAGGUGAGCAUACAGUACUACUUUGACUCCAUAGCCUUUUCCGAAGCAUAAUUACAAUAGCUAUUCUCCUCACCUGCGUAUACAAAGAACGUACACGUCAUCCUUCGUUGUCCCUAGCAGCUAUCGGUGUGAAAUAAUAAUGUAUUCCAAGAUUCGGGCAUUUUACCAAUAAUGUAUGUAUAGCAGCCCAAUUUCAUGUAAUUGUAAUUAUGUAUUGAAGUCAAGUAUUAAAGACUAAACGGAAUCCGUAUCAGACGUUCAAAAAUAUAGAUACAUAUAAUAUGAAGAUAGCUACUAUAAAUUCGUAGUGUUUAUUAUAAAUUUCAACUAUCCUCUGUCUAUCACGUGAUUGCCUAUCACAAAACGGGAUGGUCAACAUCCGACGAAGUUAUUUAUUCUAAUUAUUAUGGUCCAGUACAACCGUCAUCGAUAAACUCGUCAUCAUUUUAAAUCGAAUUAAUGUAACAUAUUUUGAAGGUAACACCGCUUACGAAUUUUUUUUUUUUUUUUGAAAUAUGUGAUUUAAUUAUAAUUCAAUCGCGGUAUUGGACAUCAAUAUUUUCGUUGACGAAUCUCAAUGAGUUUAUACAAAAUUAUGAUUGCGAUUCCGUGGCGAGAAUUACUGGAAUACCGGAGGAAAGUAUUAUCGCCAUUUUGUUGGGGAAAUGGGAGAUUAAUACGAUAGUUAAGCGUCUAUAAAUAAUUGAAUGAACAAAUUUCACGUACCUAAGUAAUUUAUUUCGCUAAAUUAAUUAAGGUUUAAAUUAUUAUAUUAUUUAUUUGGAUGCAUUAAAAAGCGGGCGCCAUUGUGUUCACAGUAAGAAAUUGGAAAUAAAAUAAAAUGAAUAUGAACACCCUGCACAAUCUAAGGAGGUGUCCUAGCUACGUGUUUAGGAUAAUAAUUUAUUGAUGGUGAACAAAAAAAAAAAAAAAAACAUACUCGACACGAAUAAACGUUCGAAUGAUGAUAAAUACGGUAUUGAAAAUUGUAAAUGUGCUCAAAACGUAAUGUACAUAUUUGUGUGAGCAGCUGUACCUAAUAUCAAAAAUAAAACGGACAUUAUGUAUCCA